GUCUGACACUCAAGUCUCAGGACAGAGACUGACCUGAGCUGACACUCAGCAUCUAAAGAAACGCUCUGAAACGCAUCCAGUUGUUAUGCUUUGACGUCAGAGAGCAUGAUUCCUGUCUGUCAGGGUGUCUCUUCACUCCUCUCUCAUGCGUCUUUCUCAAAGAUGCAUCACCUCUCUGCUGCAGAAACUGUCUCUGAGUCCUCUGAGCAGCUACCAUGGCGUACCCGAACACCAGCUCACUGACAGCCAACUCCAGUGGAUCUCUGGGGGGUCACGACUACGGGGGAAACAUCUACCGGCCUUUCUCUGUUUUCAGCGUGCUCACUCUCACGUUACUGGCCAUGCUGGUGGUGGCCACGUUUGUGUGGAACCUGCUGGUGCUGGUGACCAUCCUGAGGGUGAGGACUUUCCACCGCGUGCCGCACAACCUCGUAGCAUCCAUGGCUAUCUCCGACGUCAUGGUGGCCGCCUUAGUGAUGCCGCUCAGCCUCGUCCAUGAGCUCAACGGCCGGAUGUGGAAACUGGGACGAGUUCUGUGUCAGGUUUGGAUCUCCUUCGAUGUUCUCUGCUGCACGGCCAGCAUCUGGAACGUGACGGCCAUCGCGCUGGACCGCUACUGGUCCAUCACCCGGCACCUGGAGUACACUCUGAAGACGCGUAAAAAGAUCUCCAACGUGAUGAUCGCGCUCACCUGGCUGCUGUCGUCCAUCAUCUCCCUGUCGCCUCUGUUCGGCUGGGGGGAGACCUACACGGAGGGGAUGAAGUGCCAGGUGAGCCAGGAGCCGUCCUACACCAUCUUCUCCACCUUCGGAGCCUUUUACCUGCCGCUCUGCGUGGUGCUGUUUGUUUACUGGAAGAUCUACAAGGCCGCCAAGUUUCGCAUCGGCACCCGCAAGACCAACACCAUAACUCCCAUGGCUGAGGUGAAGGAUGAAGGCCAGCAUCCUCAGAUGGUGUUUACCGUGCGCCACGCCACCGUGACCUUCCAGACGGACGGCGACACGUGGCGCGAGCAGAAGGAGAAAAAGGCGGCGCUGAUGGUGGGCAUUUUGAUCGGCGUCUUUGUACUUUGCUGGAUCCCCUUCUUCAUCACGGAGCUCAUCGUGCCGCUGUGCUCCUGCGACAUCCCGCCCGUCUGGAAGAGCAUCUUCCUGUGGCUGGGGUACUCCAACUCCUUCUUCAACCCGCUCAUAUACACUGCCUUUAAUAAGAACUACAACAACGCCCUGAGGAACCUGUUCUCUCGGCAGCGCUGAGCCUCUCUGCUCAGACUCCAUCACCAGCAUCUCUCAGUGGGAAUCCUCCACAUAUAGACCGUCUCUUCGUCACUCAACCCUCCUUCAGAUGGAUGAUUACCCUGAGACUAUCUAUGAAAAACUGUCUGUGUGUUGUUUUUAUUUGUUGUGCUGAGGUAACCUCACAGCUGGACUGAGACGGGUGUUUGAGCGACUUUAUCCACAAAGAAAGGAAUAAAAGUGGA